CGGGUGGGGGCCGGGGGCGGAUCGAGCCGCUGAGGCGGCGGUGGGAUGGCGCUGAGGAGCGGGGUAGAGGGGCCGUAAGGACCGAGGCCGAACUCCCGAGGCCGGGGCCAUGGACGAGGGGAGCCUGGAGGCGGCGAUCGAGGUGUACAAGGGGCAGCUGCGGCAGGUUGAGGUGGCGCUGGGGGCCGAGGUGGAGGCCCAGGCAGAGGCCGAGGCCCAGGCCCAGGCCGACCUGCAGCGGCUCCGCGCCGACCUGCAGCAGCUGGUCGCCCUCACCGAGUCCAGCCUGCUGUCGGUGCGCAAGAGCCGGCUGCUGGAGCAGCUGGAGCCCGCACAGGACGACGAAUACGCCGCUUUCCAGGCGGCUGUGGGCGGCGGCGAGCCGGCGGCGGAUGAGGAGAGCAGCCGGGAGGAGGAGGAGGAGGUGACGGCGGCGGCGGUGGAGGUCGGCGGCACCAAGGUGCGGGCUCCCUACCGCACACCCUGGGCACCGCUGCAGUAUUACAACGCCAUGAUCGUGGACAUGGAGAGCGACGAGCCCCCCGAGCCCACCGUGAGAGUCCUGUGGAUCCACCCCACCCAGCGCGCCAUGAAGCCUUGUCCCUACUAUCUCACUGGCACCUGCCGCUUCCUCGACUCAUGCAGAUACUCGCAUGGAGAAGUUGUGGCUAUAUCUGAACUACGAGAGUUUGAAGAACUGGACCUUAGUUCACUUGAAGUGGGGUCACCCUGUUUAGCUAAAUUUGAAGAUGAGAUUUGGUACCCAGCUAAAAUCCUAGAUAUAGAUAAUGGUUAUUUUACAGUAAAAUUUGACACCUUGCUUCAAAGAGAAAUGGUAGUGGAAGGGGAUGGGAUUAUGCCAGUACAUCAGAGUGAUGAGUCUUCCUCGUCAUCUAGCUCUGAGGAUGAGGGUCAGCUUGGUUAUGCCAAAGUUUUGGAUGCAAAACCUGGGGAUAUGGAAAAUUGGACAGCAUCUUCCAGCUCUUCAUUUGCAGGUUGGGAAGCCCACACUCGAGGCAUGGGAUCCAAACUAAUGAUGAAGAUGGGUUAUGAAUUUGGCAAAGGUUUAGGGAAGAAUGCUGAAGGUAGAGUGGAGCCAGUACACGCAGUGGUUUUACCACAGGGGAAGUCGCUGGAUCAAUGCACUGAAAUCCUGCAAAAAAAGAGAGGAGGAAAACUGAACCAUCUUCAUAAAAAGAAGCACAAGAGGAAAGGUCAAGGUGGCUCGUGCAUUAAAGAGAGAAAAGCACGCCAAAAUGUGUUUGACUUUUUGAAUGAUAAACUCCAAAGUACUGGGCAGACCAGCAGCUCGUCAGCUCAAACUGAACUUGCUAAAAGAAACAGCAAAGAAUGUUACAGGGCCAGCAACAGCAUGAAGAAAACGCUAAAUGUCCAGCUCUUUCAGAUAAUGCAAAAGAUAGACCAUACAGAAAAGGACAUUGCAAGAAUUAUGGAAGCACUUGCAAGAAAUGUUGGAAGAGACAAAGCAGUAACUUCUCAUCUUGAAGAGAAGUUGUCUAAUGCAAGGAAGCAGUUAUCCUAUCUAAAGACUCAGGAAUCCGGGGCAACGCGGGAACAAAAGAAAGGAAACACGCACAAGAUGAUGACCAAAUUCUGAUUUGAAGUCCUCCAGUGUUCUUUAUUCCGUUUUGAAGUGUAAACAUUUGUGCAGCAUUUUCUGCGGCAAAUAUAUGUAUACAAUGAAAUUAGUCUAACCUGUGCUUUUAGGUGUAACUUUUUGAAGAGUUUGCAGAGAACUAAUAAGGAAAAUCUCUUCUGUUCUUAGAAGAGACUCAGUGUAAGCACCCAGACAUCACAAAUGCUCCACUAACUUUUUUAAAACCCAGAAAGGUUACGUUGUUUUGGUCUUGUAAAUCGUAAAGUGGAAGUUAUAUUAAAAUGUUUUCUCCCCUGUGAUUUUUCGUAACUUAAGAACACGGAGUUAAACUCAAACUUCUGGUCAAGCUCAAAGAAACAACGUUUUUUUUUAAAUAAGAGAUUUCCUGUUUCCGUGUGUUGACAGACUGGAAAUUGAUUUGGUUUCAAAUAUCAACUCAAUUUAACAAUUGUGAUUCCUGGAUUCAAUCACAGGAUUCAACACCGUGCCAUUUGAGGAACCAGAUACCAGCCAUACUCCCACUCAAGUGUUGCAGUAGAUCCUGGAACUCUGUGUAUCAAAUGGAACUUGUUUACUUCUGGGCCGUUAAAUGACUUACUCAGGGAAAACCUGAGGCUCCAUCUGCAGGUAAUACAGCAGAGGGCCUCAGCAUCGUACGAUUUGCAGGUGUGAACUGGAAGAUAUUGCAACGGUGAACCAAGAUUGUGGAGAAAAUAGAUGAUUUUGAAAUGGUGUUUGUGAUGAACAGCAGUGGCAGUGAGCACGUACUGGCCAGUGAAUGGUAAGACCAAGUGUCGGGCAUUAAAGGUGUUGACACUGGCAAGGGCAGUCAUGUUUAUAGAAGGAGGAGGUUGACAAAAAAAAUGUUUAAUGUGGCAAUAGUUUGAAUAAACAGGAGACUGAUAGAGCUGAAAUGCACAGGAAUUAAAUUUGUUUUCUGCUGA